CACAGAGACAGCUUUAAAGAGGUGGUGUUUAUAAAGUCACGCUUUUUUGACAUUCUGGGGUCAGUCGCCUGUCACUGCUGUCGGCUUGGCGAGUGCCUGCAGGAGCUGGCUGGAACAUCAACACCAACGCCAACCCCAGUGCAGAGUGUCAGAGGUACGUGGAGCUGAGGGAGCUGAUGAAGGACCAGAAGCAGCAGGCCUACUGGCAGGAGACGGGCCGAUGGGGGGGCUACGAGGAGAGCUUCGACCCCCAGUCCGGGGUGUGGGGGGCCUCGCACAUCUCCUACCUCACCUUCAAGAGCCUCAUCCAGCUGCGCCGCACCAUGAAUACAGGUGUGACGAUAUUCGACUGUGAAGAGCAGACCCUGCCCAGCAUCGCUGAGAAGAUGGUCAACGAGAUGGUCAACAAGAAGGAGAUCAGAGCUGGAGACCGGGAAGGCGUGCUGAAAUCUCUGCUUCAGAACCGCAGCCAAUCAGAUGACCCCGAGAGACAAGCCCUGUCUGAUGGGGUGGACCUGCAGAAGUUUUCAGUGAGGGAAAGAAGGGAUGAAUCAGACCGUGUAGAGGCCUCCAUGGUGCUAGUAGGAGCCUUGGACUUUCUGGAGAGGCCCACGGUCGCGUUUGUGCGUCUGAAGGAAUCAGCGGCGCUCGACUCUGCCUUGGAGGCCCCGGUGCCGGUGCGCUUUGUCUUUGUUCUGGUGGGCCCCAGCAAGACUGACAUGGACUACCACGAGACUGGCCGCGCUAUGGCAGCGCUGCUGGCUGAUAAAGUGUUCAACCAGACAGCGUUUCAGGCAAAGAGCGCCCGCGAGCUGACCGACGCCGUGGGCGACUUCAUGGACUGCAGCAUCGUCAUCCCGCCCACCGAGAUCCAGAACGAAGCGAUGCUCACCUCGAUCAUCAGCUUUCAGAAGAAACUGCUGCAGGACAGGUUCCAGGCCUCUGAUCCCACGGCCCGCCUGGACUCCAAGCCUCGCAGGGUUUCCAUCUCUACCGGGCCGCCACCUGAAGACCCCCUGUCCCGCACCGGUCGACCGUUUGGUGGCAUGAUUCGAGACAUAAAGAGGCGCUUCCAGUACUACAAGAGUGACAUCACAGAUGCUCUUAACGCCCAGGUCCUUGCUGCCGUCAUCUUCAUCUACUUUGCCGCCCUUUCUCCAGCCAUCACCUUCGGAGGACUGCUUGCUGAUAAGGUGGAGAACAUGAUGGGCGUCCCAGAGCUCCUCAUCUCCACCAGCAUUCAGGGGAUCAUCUUCUGCUUCAUCGCGGCUCAGCCCGUCCUGGUGAUUGGAUUCUCAGGCCCUCUGUUAGUGUUUGAGGAGGCUUUCUUUGCUUUCUGCAAGUCUCAGGGCAUUGAGUACAUUGUGGGCAGGGUGUGGGUCGGAGUGUGGCUGGUCAUCAUUGUGGUGGUCAUCGUGGCCUUUGAGGGCAGCUUCCUGGUGCGUUUCAUCUCCCGCUUCACCCAGGAAAUCUUCUCCAUCCUCAUCUCCCUCAUCUUCAUUUAUGAAACCUUCGCAAAGCUAGGGAGGACAUUUCAGGCCCAUCCGCUGGUGCUGAAUUACGAUCACCUGAAUUCAUCUCUAGAAAAUCCCUGGCACCCUAAGGUGGAGGAGACGAUCCUGUAUGACAAUGCUACAGGCAACACGACUGUUAUUAUCAACACUAUUAAAUCAGCGUACCCCAACACGGCCCUGCUCUCCAUGUGCCUCAUGCUUGGCUGCUUUUUUAUUGCUUACUUCCUGCGGCAGUUCAAGAACGGCACUUUUCUUCCUGGAAAGGUCAGGCGUUUGAUGGGUGACUUUGGCGUGCCUAUCUCCAUUUUCCUCAUGAUUGUCGUGGACUACAACAUUGAGGAUACCUACACUCAGAAACUAGUUGUCCCCAAAGGUCUCAUGGUUUCCAACCCAGCCAAAAGGGGCUGGCUUAUCAACCCCUUCGGAGAGCACAUGCCUUUCCCUGUGUGGCUGAUGUUCGCAUCCUGCAUCCCGGCCUUGCUCGUCUUCAUUCUGAUCUUUCUGGAGUCUCAGAUCACAACCCUGAUUGUGAGCAAACCUGAGAGGAAGAUGGUCAAAGGCUCUGGGUUCCACUAUGACUUGCUGGUUUUAGUCGGCAUGGGAGGGCUCAGUGCAAUCUUCGGUGUGCCAUGGCUCAGCGCUGCCACAGUGCGAUCUGUCACCCACGCCAAUGCCCUCACCGUCAUGAGCAAAGGACCAAAACCUGUGAUUGAGAAGGUGAUGGAGCAGAGGAUCAGCGGCAUUCUGGUGGCGUUGCUGGUUGGUCUGUCAAUUCUGAUGGAGCCGAUCCUGAAGAUGAUCCCGAUGUCGGCCUUGUUUGGGAUCUUUCUCUACAUGGGUGUUACCUCACUCAACGGCAUCCAGCUGUGGGAUCGCAUGCUGCUUCUGCUCGUUCCUAAGAAAUACCACCCUGAUGAACCCUACGCCACUAGAGUGAGCACAGGACGAAUGCAUUUGUUCACGGCCAUCCAGAUAGUGUGCCUUGCAGUCUUGUGGCUUGUUAAGUCCAGUCCGAUGUCCCUCGCACUUCCCUUCGUACUCAUCCUCACCAUCCCUCUACGCAUGUGCAUGACCGGGCGUCUCUUCACCGAACUGGAAAUGAAAUGUUUGGAUGCCGACGACGCCAAAGUGACUUUCGAGGAGGAGCCGGGGCAGGAUGUGUACUAUGAAUCUCAGAUGCCAUUGUAGAUGUUUUUCAAUGACAGCUGCCAGCAACAUUUUAUUUUAACAAGAAUAUAUUUAUUUUAUAUGUGGCUCAAAUGAAUGUUUCAUCUACCUAAGAGCACAAACAUGUUCAGAGUGUUUUUUUUUAAAUGAAAACUGUCUUGGUUAAACAUUCCCAAAGAGUUUUCAGCAGUCGCUCAGGUAAAUUCUUUGCAUCAUGUUGUUUUGUUUCUGACAGCCUGUGCUUUAUACACCACUGAAGCUGGAAAUAUUUAUAAAACACUGACAUGUUUUUACAAAAGAGAAAGACAAAAAAUUGCAAAUGCUUUUGAAAACAAUCAGAAUAGAUGAAAUCAAAAUGAAAUAAAAACUCUUCAGUGAUACCAGCACUCCAAAAGUGGAGAAAUUACUGAGUGGAAAAUAUUGUAGUGUUAUAGCCAAAGUUGGAUGUUUUUCCAAGCAACCGCACAUUGAAUGUAAUGUUAAACUUGUGCCACUUAAGUUAUUGUUGUAUUCACUUUUUUGAUGAAAGUAAACUCCAAACUCUGAAUUAAAUAAUAAGUGACUUUUAAGGCAACGAUGCAAGCAACGAUCAACCUGGUAACAUUGAAGAGCAAAAGGACAACACAACAAUGCUGAGAAAAAAGUGAAUUUUUGUGUGUGUUGUUAAGAUUUAUACUGUGUGUUAUGUUGCUGUCUUCUUGCCUUUUCUCUAUAAACAAUAAAAAACUACCUCCCAAAAGA